AUGAGUACUGGAGAGUGCCCCAUCCGUGCUGCCAACACUGGCGGUGGCGGGACUCGCAACCGUGACUGGUGGCCCAAUGACCUCAGGAUCAACAUCCUCCGUCAGCACACCGACAUCACAUACCCCUACGACAAGAACUUCGACUAUGGUCAGUCGUUCAAGGACAUCGACUACGAUGGCCUGAAGAAAGAUCUGAACAACCUCAUGACCGACUCACAGGAGUGGUGGCCCGCCGACUUCGGUCACUACGGUGGUCUCUUCGUGCGGAUGGCAUGGCACAAUGCGGGCACCUACCGUGUCCAGGACGGCCGUGGUGGUGGUGGCCAGGGUCAGCAGCGUUUCGCACCCCUCAACAGCUGGCCCGACAACGUCAGCUUGGACAAGGCCCGCCGCCUGUUGUGGCCUAUCAAGCAGAAGUACGGCAGCAAGCUCUCGUGGGCGGAUCUCUUCCUGCUCACUGGCAACGUCGCCCUUGAGUCAAUGGGUGUCAAGACCUUUGGUUUUGCUGGUGGCCGUCCCGACACCUACGAGGCUGACGAGUCGGUCUACUGGGGUGGCGAGAUGACGUGGCUCGGCAACGACGUCCGCUACUCUGACGGCAAGGCUGGUCUCGCUGCCGGCGGCGUUGUCGACUCCGACCAGUCCAAGCAGGACCACCAGGACCACCACACACAGCACGCGGAGACGCACAAGGACAUCCACACCCGCGACCUCGAGCAGCCUUUGGCCGCCGCUCAUAUGGGUCUCAUCUACGUCAACCCAGAGGGUCCAGACGGUGUGCCAGACCCUGUUGCCGCCGCCCGUGACAUCCGCACAACCUUCGGCCGCAUGGCCAUGAACGACUACGAGACUGUUGCUUUGAUUGCUGGUGGUCACUCUUUUGGCAAGACCCACGGUGCUGGCCCAUCAGAGAACCUUGGCAACGAGCCACAGGGUGCGACCAUCCAAGACCAGGGUUUCGGCUGGUCAAACUCGUACGGACAAGGCAAGGGCCCAGACACCAUCACCAGUGGUCUUGAGGUCACCUGGACCAAGACUCCUGUCAACUUCAGCAACAGCUACCUUAACUACCUCUUCAAGUACGACUGGGAGCUUGAGAAGAGCCCGGCUGGUGCCAACCAGUGGGUGGCCAAGACCGAUGACAAGAUCAUCCCAGACGCCUAUGACUCUGAGAAGAAGCACAAGCCAAGGAUGUUGACCACUGACCUUGCGCUCCGUUACGACCCUACGUACGAGAAGAUCUCUCGUCACUUCGCCGAGAACUUCGAUGAGCUCCACGAUGCCUUCUCCCGUGCGUGGUUCAAGCUGCUCCACCGUGACAUGGGCCCACGCGCUCGCUGGGUCGGACCCGAGAUCCCGAAGGAGGAGCUGAUCUGGGAAGACCCCAUCGACCAAUCCACCGUCUCCAAGAUCUCUGACUCUGACAUUGACGCCCUGAAGAAGGAGAUCCUCAACACCGGCAUCUCCAACGAGAAGCUGAUUGGUGCGGCGUUCGCUUCGGCUUCGUCAUUCCGUGGCAGUGACAAGCGUGGUGGUGCCAACGGCGCCCGCAUCCGUCUCGAGCCCAUGAAGGACUGGGAGGUCAACAACCCCAAGCAGCUCCAGGAGGUGCUCAAGGCGUUGGAGGGCAUCCAGAAGAACAGCGGCAAGAAGGUGUCGAUGGCCGACCUGAUCGUCCUGGCUGGCUGCGCCGCCCUUGAGAAGGUCGCUGGCCUCCCAGUGCCAUUCACCCCAGGCCGUGGUGACGCCAGGCAGGACCAAACCGAUGUCGAGUCCUUCAACCACCUCCACCCUUACGCCGACGGCUUCCGCCAGUUCGGCAAGGGCACCAGCCGCAUUAGGUCCGAGCAGUUCCUCGUCGACCGCGCCCACCUGCUCAACCUCACCGCACCCGAGAUGGCCGUCCUCGUCGGUGGUCUCCGCGUCCUCAACCAGAACUACAACGGCUCCCAGCAUGGUGUCCUGACCAAGAGCCCCGGCAAGCUCAGCAACGACUACUUCGUCAACCUGCUCGACUUGAGCACCGCCUGGAAGCCCGUGGAGGGCAGCGAGGUCUUCGAGGGCGUCGAGCGCAAGAGCGGCAACAAGAAGUGGACCGCCACCCGCUUCGACUUGAUCUUUGGCUCGCAGCCCGAGCUCCGCGCGUACGCUGAGGUGUUUGCUGCGUCCGACGCGAAUGAGAAGUUCUGCAAGGACUUUGUCAACGUGUGGGAUAAGGUGAUGAACCUUGACCGCUUUGACAUUAGGCCUACUACUGGCGCGAAGCCGCGUUUGUAG